UCUCUUCAAUCAAUAAAUAUGACCAGUCAACUCUCCGCUCCUCUCUAAUUCUAAAAAUUAUUUCAGGAUCUGACUGAAAUUGAAACGACUGCGUUUUAUCUUGUGUUUUCGACGAUGCGGAAUGCAAACUUCCAGAACGAACAACUGGAAUGGGAGAUGAGGCCUGGUGGCAUGCUCCUCCAAAGAAGAGACGAUGAAUCUGAUCAUCAUCAUCAAGACGUUGCUACUGCUUCACGUGGCCACAUGAUCGAGAUCAAUGUCGCUCAUGGUCAAGCUCAAUACAAUGUUCCUGUUCCGGCUCAAUCCACUUUUGGGGAGCUGAAGAGAGCUAUUGAGGAGAAAACAAAAUUGGGACCUCAACAGCAAAAGCUUUUGUUUAGGGGAAAAGAAAGAGAAGACAGUGAGCAUUUGCACGCUUCUGGUUUGAAAGAUAAGUCAAAGGUUUUGCUUUUGGAGGAAUUGACAAACGAAGAAGAGAAGAAGCCUGAAGAUAUGGAGGACAGUGAAGAGAUGAGAAAGGCUCUCCAAUCUGUUGCUGGAGUCAGGGCCGAGAUUGAUAAGCUAUCAGAAAGGGUAACUGCAUUGGAAGUGGUUGUGAAUAGUGGGACCAAGGUGGCUGUAGAGGAAUUUGAUAUGUCUGCGGAGUUACUCAUGAAGGAGUUGCUGAAAUUGGAUUCUAUUGAGGCUGAAGGUGAAGCAAGAAUGCAGCGGAAGGCUGAGGUGCGUCGUGUUCAGAAAUUCCAUAAUACACUGGACAAUCUUAAGGCAAAAAAUUCCAACCCAUUUAACGACAGUAGCAAUGCUGUCAAGGUGACAACCCAAUGGGAGACCUUUGACUCUGGAAUGGGAAGCUUGAAUCCUCCUCCCCCGAUGUCAUCCUCAACUACCAUAAAUCAGGACUGGGAACAGUUUGAUUAAUUUAGUAUCUGCUUUGUUGUUUUAGUCUGGAACUUGGCAGGAUAUAUUAUAUAUAGCUUGCAAAGUACCUUUAGUAAUGAUUUCUAUGCCCCCUUUUAUGUUAAUUUUCUGUUUGAAUUAGAGAAACUGUGAAGAGAAUUAAAGACAGUGAGAAUCUGUGUACUGUGAUUUGAAUUUAUAUAAUAUUACAUGAUCUAAUAUUCCA